GUAUAAUUCUGAACUGUUUUAAAUAAUUAUUACAAUUAAUACAUAUAAUUAGUUUGUUAUUAGAAAACUAUUUUAACAAUUUAAAUAACAUUAUUAUUAACUUAAUUGUGAAAUAUGUCUCGAUUUGAUUGUGUGGAUAGUGUAGAGCCCAUUGAGUUCUUUGCCUUACAGAGGGCUUAUAGGGCCGACAAUAAUCACAAUAAAGUGGACCUUAUUAUUGGCACCUAUCGAUCGGACGAAGGAAAGCCAUGGCUAUUACCAGUGGUGCACAAAGUGGAGCAAACAUUGGCCAAUACUGAUGGCUAUAAUCACGAAUAUCUGGGACAAUUGGGUGACAAUCGAUUCUCCGAGUCUGUCACUAAACUACUCUUAGGAAACCAAUGCAAAGCCAUCGCUGAGAAUAGAACAUUUGGAGUGCAAACCCUAUCGGGAACGGGAGCUCUAAGGGUUGGCGCAGAUUUUUUGCGACAUAAUUGUGGAUUUAAAACAAUCUAUCUAACUUCACCCUGCUAUCCAAACCAUAGGCUGAUACUCACGAGGGCUGGCUUUGAGGAUAUCCGCACCUAUAGGUAUUGGGACAGUCGUGAGCGUCAGUUGGACUUCGACGGCCUCAUUGAGGACUUA